AUGUAUAUGGGUCUAGCAAGGUUGCCGAAAAUGACGGAUUACUGGUCCAAGAAUCCCUUAUAUAGCAAUAAGGUGUCGUGUAAAAUGUCCAGAAAUCGAUUUGAAUUACUCGUCAGAGUGCUACAUUUCAACGAUAACGAAAUUAUUGAUAAAAAUGACCGACUGGGAAAACUAAGCCGACUAUUAGAAAACUUGACCAAUAAAUUCAAAGAGGUUUACGUUCCGGAGAAAUCUGUCUGCAUAGAUGAAACACUAGUACUAUUCAGAGGCAGGUUAUUCAGGCAGUAUAUCAAAAAUAAGCGGUUCAAAUUCGGGAUAAAACUGUACAAAUUAUGUUGUAAAGAUGGCUAUACAUACGAUAUCAAAGUAUACUGCGGAAAAGAUAAAAAUUCAGAGAAACCUGCUACAGUUUCGACUGUUUUGUCACUAAUGGAGCCACUUUUAGACCACGGACGGAUCUUAUACACCGACAACUACUACACUAGUGUCGCCUUGGCCCAUGAGUUACAAAAGGGGUGGUUGUUUUGA